ACACCUGAAGCGGCGCUUUAAAACACAACACAGAAAGUAAAAAACUACGGCGAAAUGGCAACGGCAAACCUGACCGCUGUUCUUUAUAAGGCCAAUGAUUUGCGACUGGAAAACAGGCCAGUCCCAGAUCCAAAGGAACAUGAGGUUCUUUUGGAAAUGGGCUGUGUUGGAAUAUGCGGAUCCGAUGUUCACUACUUUAUCAAUGGAGCCAACGGAGAAAAAGUUGUAAAAGCCCCCAUAGUGAUGGGGCACGAAGCCAGUGGCACUGUGGCCAAAGUCGGUAAAAAUGUCAAGCACCUCAAAGUUGGAGAUAGAGUGGCAAUCGAACCAGGCAUACCGUGCAAAAUUUGUGACUACUGCAAACAAGGUCGUUACAAUUUGUGCGCUGAAAUAAAUUUUUGCUCUUCCCCGCCUUGCAAUGGAAACCUUUGCCAGUAUUACACGCACUCGGCCGACUUUUGUUAUAGACUCCCCGAUCACGUUUCGAUGGAGGAAGGCGCGCUUUUGGAGCCACUUUCAGUUGGAGUGCACGCCUGUCGAAGGGCAGAUGUCAAGUUGGGGUCAACCGUGUUGGUCACUGGCGCUGGACCCAUUGGCCUGGUGUCAAUGCUUAGCGCUAAAGCCAUGGGAGCCACCAAAGUCAUCAUUACUGAUUUGGUGCAGAAACGUCUUGAUUUGGCUAAAAGUCUUGGCGCCGAUCACACACUGCUUUUAAUCAACUUAGACGAAAAAGCCAUAGUCGGUCAGAUCCACCAGCUUUUGGGUAAAGAACCUGACAAGUCCAUUGAGUGCUCUGGAGCUGAGAGCUCCAUCAGGAUUGCGAUUCAAUCCACAAAGUCAGGUGGAGUGGUUGUGAUGGUCGGCGUGGGAAAACCCAACGUUACCGUUCCUCUGAUGAAUGCCCUUGUGAGAGAGGUGGAUAUUCGAGGCGUACACAGAUAUGCCAACUGCUACCCAUUGGCACUGGAAUUGACUGCAUCUGGAAAAGUUGACGUUAAAAAACUUAUCACGCACAAUUUUUCUUUGGAGGAAACACACGCCGCGCUCGAAACUGCCAAAUCUGGAAGUGGAGUGAAAAUCAUGAUUCAUUGCAAACGGAAGAAAAUAUCUGAAUCUGCGAGUUAAUUAAAAUCCACGAGUAUUAAAAUAUGUGAUUAAAAAAUAUUUAAAUAUUUGAUUAUGGUAUUUUACAAUUUUACCCUCCCUCCCUAUUAGAGAUAAAAAAAUUUUUGUAUAUUUUCUUUUAUUUGAGGCAGAUUUGUGCUGAAGAAAAAUAAAAAAGGACGCAAUCGCUAAGCGUGAUAUCUCGUAUUUCACAAAUAUAAAACCAAUAAAAUGAAUCGUCAUUUGAACUUGUUUGACCCGCGACUGUGUAUGAUGAAAUAAAAAAGACGAUGGAAUGCGCGCCGUUGUCUGCAAACAGACCGUUAUCAGAAAAAAACAUCUCCUAUCAGAAUCUUAAAUUGUUACAAAGAGAUUUUCGCUGUAGAAUAUUGAAAAUAUAUUUCUCUUUCCAAUUUUCGUAUUAAAUGAAACGCAACUAAAUUGCAAACAAGCUUGCGAUUUCUGAUAAGGAAUAUGAGAAUGAGAAAAUAAUGAAUCAGAGGAAUUCUAGCAAACACCAAACUACGACUUAUUAAUGCUUCAAUAAUUGAUAUUUAAUUAGUUUGAGAAUAGAUUAUUUUAGGCACCUUGUCAUACUUUUACUUUCUGGAAGAAUGCAGAACGUGGUGGAGAAUUUUGGAAUAAACGCGCCGGCGCUUGCGUGUUUGGCGCCCAAUAUUUAACCCCGCUUGAGAUGCGCACCAGUUUGACCUACUAAAGUACGAAAUCAGCUCUCGACUGCUGUUCUCCAGCUGACGGCGUGGUGCACACUUGGCGAACUAAGGGCAAAACAAUCGCGGCGAUCAUGGCAUCGGACAACCUGACAGCCGUCCUGUACAAGGUCAAUGAUUUGCGACUGG